AUGAGUUACAAAGCAGGAUCCAUGCCUUGUGUCUUAAGGUGCCUGUGCUUCAUGCUUCUUCAUUGGUUUAACGCAGCACAAGAUGAAGACCUGAGGAGUUGUAGGACUGCACCAGGUGAUUUGGUAUUUAUUGUCGAUGGUUCUUGGAGUGUUGAAGAUGUCAACUUUGAAAUAGUGAAGAGAUGGCUAGUGAACAUCACGAAAAACUUCAACAUUGGACACAAAUUUACCCAAAUUGGGGUUGUCCAGUACACUGACGAUCCUAUUUUAGAAAUACCUCUGGGGAAGUAUUCUACGACUAAAGAUCUCACCAGAGCGAUAGAAUCCAUCGAGUACAUGGGAGGAAACACAAGGACAGGCACGGCUAUUGAGUUUGCCACAGACAAACUGUUUGCCCUCUCCGAGCGUGGCCCGAUGGGCGUGUCACGAAUCGCAGUUGUCGUCACCGAUGGGAAGUCUCAAGAUGAGGUUUUGAAGGCAGCAGAGUCCGCAAGGAAGAAAGGAGUCAUUUUGUUUGCCAUUGGUGUAGGGUCAGAGACAGAGGAAGCACAAUUGCGGGCCAUUGCAAAUAAACCAUUUUCUACCUACGUCUUCUCUGUUGAGGACUAUAAAGGUAUUUCCAGGAUCAAACAAAUCAUACGACAAAAACUGUGUGAAGAGACUGUUUGUCCGGUGAGAAUACCAAUCGAUUCCCGAGAUGAGAAAGGAUUUGAUAUCUUAUUCCAUUUAAAUUUUGCCAAAAAAGCCAAAAAGAAAAAAGGAAGUUUUCGUGGUACUAAGGCCUAUGAGGUGACAUCUCGUAUUGACUUCAGUGAAGCGACAAGGUCACUUUUCCCUGACGGCCUACCGCCAUCGUAUGUAUUUGUGGCCACUCUGAGAUACAUGGGAUCGGUGGCAUUGGAGGAGUGGGACUUGUGGAGGAUCCAGACACGUGACGGGGAACCUCAAAUGGCAGUGACCCUGAAUGGACUUGAUAGCACCCUCCAGUUCACUACAACCAGUCACUCACCAAGUGGAAGGCAAACGGUUACAUUUUCACGUCACACUGCAAUGAAACUCUUUGAUGAAAAAUGGCACCAACUCCGACUGCUGGUCACAGAGGAGGACGUCACCCUGUAUGUUGAUGACCUGGAAAUCGAAACACUGUCUUUGGAGCCUCCUGUUGGCAUUUUUAUAAAUGGAAAAACUCAAGUCGGAAAAUAUGUCAGUAAAGAAACAACAGCACCGUUUGAAAUUCAAAAGCUUCGUAUCUACUGUGACCCUGAGCAGAACAACCGUGAGACUGCGUGUGAAAUACCAGGGGUGUGUUCUAACAGUCCAGAUUAUGCUGAAGAAACUGAGGAAUCUUGUGUUUGUCCCCAGGGACCUCCAGGACUUCCAGGCAUGAAAGGUGAACCAGGAAACAAUGGCAAAUCAGGUCAGCCUGGACGUAAUGGUGCUGAUGGUAAGCCUGGCAUACCAGGCAUUAGAGGGAGUCAUGGGUUUCCAGGAACACCAGGAAUAAAGGGUCAACGUGGAGCUGAUGGAUUAAAAGGCGAGCAGGGGAGGCCCGGUGUUUCGGGUCAGAGAGGUGCGCCAGGCUUAACGGGACCACCUGGACAACCUGGAGAGAAGGGACCAGUUGGAUCACCCGGGCGAGCAGGAAUGGUGGGUGAAGCCGGACAAAUGGGUGCGAAAGGAAGUAUUGGACCUCCUGGGCCUCCUGGUUAUCAAGGUUUACCUGGUCAACCUGGGAGAAAUGGAAAGGAUGGAAUUCCUGGGCCACCUGGCCAAAAGGGAGAAAACGGGGCCAGUGGCAUCCCUGGUGUUGAUGGAAGGCCAGGCCGUACAGGUAUGCCAGGUUUACCAGGGCCAGCCGGUCUUAGUGGACAAAAAGGAGAAGCUGGUUUUCCUGGAUCUAGAGGCCCACAAGGAAUGGCUGGAUCACCUGGGGAAAUGGGUCCAACAGGUCCUCCUGGUCUAAACGGAAAUAUCGGGCCAAAGGGCAGUAAAGGGGAAAAUGGAAGUCCAGGUAAACAAGGGACACCAGGUUCCAUGGGCAGACCCGGUGAUCCCGGACUAACAGGUCAACCAGGACACCCAGCGAUGCCCGGCCUAAAGGGAAGCAAGGGGGAAAGAGGACAAGCAGGUGAAAGAGGCGAUAUGGGAAUGAAAGGUGAAAGGGGAGCAGAUGGAAAAUCAGGAAAUCACGGCUCGCCAGGUUUGAGGGGAUUAAAAGGAGAGAAAGGGACGACAGGGGAUCCAGGGCAGAGAGGUCAAGAAGGUCAAAUAGGCCAGGCUGGACCUCCAGGUCCGGCAGGCCAAACAGGACCUCGAGGCCCUCAGGGGGAUACGGGUCUUCCCGGAAAACCUGGCCCGGCGGGAAGAUCGGCAACUGAAAUUUCAGAUUCACACAUUCGACAAGUUUGCAGACAGAUUCUUCAAUCUGAACUACCGUCCAUGUUGCUGAGCCACCAGUCAAGCAACUGUGACAGGUGCCAAAGCCUCCCAGGAGCGCCUGGCGUCCGAGGUCCGACAGGGGCCCAGGGCCUCAGGGGGCCUCCUGGCCUGUCCGGUGCCAGGGGGCAGCCGGGCUACCGUGGUCGGCCAGGUCUGCCCGGUAUUCAUGGGGUAAAAGGAGAACCAGGGAUUAAGGGAGAAAAGGGAAGCCCAGGUCGCACCAUACAUGGGGACCAAGGACCACCUGGGCCUCCAGGUCCUGUAGGUCCUACAGGGUAUGGCAAACCAGGCACUUCAGGUCAGCCUGGACCACCUGGUCUAAACGGAGCAGAGGGUAAAAGCGGUAAUCCCGGUGCACCUGGCCAGCCUGGAUUUUGUGACCCAUCCUUGUGCUAUGGUAGCAUGAUGAGGCGAUCCUACUACAGCAAAGGACCAAACUAUUGA